AAUUAGAUUCUGAUAAAGAUAUUAUUAUAAGUGGGACAAUUUUUUGGGUAUCGGAUAAGGCGCGUGUCACGGACUGUCAAGACAAAGUUCUAUUUGACUGUCAUGGCUACCUAGAAUUUAGAACCACCACCCCACCAAUAUUGAAAGUGAAAGACGCCUUAAAAGACACUGUCAAAUAAAAGCUAAGCUUAGAGAAGGAAACUAGGGUUUAUUUUUUGAGGGGUGAAGGAUUGAUUGGAAUUUGAUUGUUUUUUCUAAGAGAUGUACACAAGUUCUAUGCGAAAAUCUUUCAAGGAUUCUCUUAAAGUGCUUGAAGCUGAUAUUCAACAUGCUAAUACUCUGGCAUCAGAUUUUCCGAGGGAAUAUGAUGGUGCAUGUCUUCAAAUGAGGAUGUCGUAUAGUCCGGCCGCGCACCUCUUCUUAUUUUUGGUGCAGUGGACUGAUUUUCACCUUGCAGGAGCCCUUGGAUUGUUAAGAAUACUAAUUUACAAGGUUUAUGUGGAUGGAACUACCACGAUGUCUACACAUGAAAGGAAAGCAAGCAUCCGAGAAUUCUACACUGUUAUCUAUCCCUCUUUGCUGCAACUUCAGAGCGGUGUCACUGAUAGUGAAGAUAAACAACAGAAAGCGGCAUGCGUGGAAAGGUAUCGUAGAAGAGAAGAUGAAGAGUAUAAGCAGCUUACCGAUAUUGAUUUCGAAAGAGAAGAAGAAUGUGGAAUAUGCAUGGAAACAAACAGUAAAAUGUUGCUGCCGAACUGUAAUCACACCAUGUGCUUGAAAUGUUAUAGGGAAUGGCGGUCAAUAUCACAGUCAUGCCCUUUCUGUCGUGAUAGUCUCAAAAGAGUUAACUCGGGGGAUCUUUGGGUAUAUACAGACAGCCGGGAUAUAAUCGACAUGGCCACAGUGACAAGGGAGAAUCUUAGAAGGCUUUUCAUGUACAUAGAUAAGUUACCACUUAUUAUCCCUGAUACCAUUUUUGAUACUUAUGAUUCUCAUUUAAAGUGAUUAAAUAUAGUCUAAAACAUCAGCUCCACGAUCAGAGCAUUUCCGGUAAAAGUACUAUGGAAGCUCUUAAUACUAGAAGUCAGAUUUUAUUUUGCCCCUCUACUCAAAAAAUGGACAACUAAGUCUCUGUACAUUAGAUCAAAAAACAAGUCGGUCUUUUCUGUUAAAAAUCUAUACUAUUAAAAACUAGUAUGGCUAAUGAAAUAACUAAACAGUAACACGUGACGUGCCAUGUGUACCUCAUGCUGAUGUAUAAGGAUCAGUUUUGGAAUUUUAACAAAAGGACCAAUUUGCUCUUUGAUUUAACGUAUAGGGACUAAUUUACUUAUUUUUUGAGUAGAGGAGACAAAAUGUAAUCUUACUUCUAGGACAGAAGCCUCCAUGGUACUUUUACUGAGGAUUUUCUUAUCGUAUUUUCUUGAUUGCAUAAGGACCAAAUCUCUCGAUUUGGCAAAUUUAGCUAAUCUAGUAUAUGCAAUGCCUUUUAUUCCCACUUCUCACCAUAGGCAAAAAGACCAUGCCCGAGUUAUUGUGGGCUGGUGCUGAAGUUGAGGUAUAUAUAGUUCAUGUAGGAUCCAUAAAGAAAAACUGUAUUUAGUACAUUUUGUACAUGCUUGUAUAGCCUUUUAUGUUUGCUGAUUAAAUAUAAUAAAUUCCUUUUGCCAAAA